AUCUUUGUGCAUUUCGAAUUCAACCUAGGUCCAUGAAAUGGCAAUGAUCUCGGCCAUACAGGAGGCGCAGAAGGACAAUGUCAGAAGUUUUAAUGGUUACAUGAUGAAAGUUUUAGAGGAGGAUUGGAAAAAGGAAAAACGUGAUUUCCUUCAGAGUUUAAGCCGAAUAUCUACAUUACCCAGGACUAAUAUGAUUGAUGAUAAUAGUGGGGCUCCAAGGUCGGGUCAAAUUGCCUCCUUUGUAUCCAGUCCUCAUGUUUCAUCUGGUUUUCCCACUCUGGAGUCUGUAUCUCUAGCCAACAAGCCUACUAUGGAGAAAAAAGCAUCAACAUAUGCUGAAGUAGUGAAGAAGAUGAACGAUGCCAGGGAACGUGGAUUACCAUUUAAACCUGCUGUAGCUUUCAAAGGCGCUUAUGAAAGUUUAGAUCUCCAUGGAUCUGCUGGGAAGUCAGUUAACAUGCAAAAGAUUUGGCAUCUUAUUCAAACAUUAAUGGGUGAGGACUCAACUCCAAAACAAAAUGUUUCAAAAACAAUGUCACUAAUACUUGGGGCCAGGCGCCAUCUAGAGUUGGGACACGAGAAAUAUAUGAUGGAUACAAUACAAAGCCAUCCUGCACAGGUAAUCAUCCUGUAG